AUGCACGCGCUGUUAGGCGAGCUGCGCAUGGUUAAAAUGCUGCAUCAGCAGACGGGCGUGUGCGUAUUCACGCAUCAGUGGAAGUGGAAUCCACAGGCCCAUGCAGAAGGAGUGGACGCGCUUGUCCUGUCUUUCACGCAAUUUGCGCGUGAAAUUGAUGGCGGAGAGGUUGUACAAGUGCACUUUGAUCCCAGUAAAACCGGCAAGACAAAUAGACCUGGUAUUAGCCCAACGCCUGCCUCUUCAGAUGGAUUAGUGAUGAUCUCACUUCAGGACGAGACCAUCCAAGCAGUUUUGUUUCAUGAUCGAACAUCUGAUGCAGCAUGUGCCGCUCUUAAAACAUUUCUAGAAAUUAUUUUUAAGCGAUUUUCACAAUUGUUUGAACAUGAACUUGAGCAAUUGCAGCCGCAAUUGAAUGCGAACGCAACCCCAACCGCUGAAGAGCGUGAAGCUGUUGAAGCCCCAUUUCGACGAUUCGAGGCUGAGCUCGAAAGCCAAUUGCUUCCGCAACCUACUAGUGAUUUUAGUCAAUGA